UGUCGAUGCGGUCCGUUCGAUCGUGCAACUAGAAUCGUGCGAUAGAGAAAUCGAUCGAGAAUUUACACCACCGGAACUGUAUUUCGACGCGAACCCGAGGAAAGUUGUUGCGAUUCGAAUCAUCAUGGAUUAACAGCCGGGAAAGUUUGCGGAGAGACGUCUCAGGCGGUUCGAUCGAAGCUGCAGCGAUCGCGACGGGGAGGUUCUCGCGAUCCAUCGGCUUGUCGGCGUCGGUCUUUCAAGUUUCCUCAACGUCCAGGCGUCAGCUGACCGCCCGAAGUUCUCGAAGUAUAAUCGAGGGACUGUUUAGGGCAUUGUGAUUUCCAGCCCCUGAUCGGCCGACAGCGUUCUCGGGCAGAGAAAGCGGCCGGAAGACAUCGUGGGUGGACCCCAGGCCCGCGCUGCCACCCCCGCAGCCUGCUUGAACAGACGCCGAGUUUCCAGGAUCUUCUCCAGACGAUGCUGGAUCAGAUGAGCGCCGACUUGUUCGGCACGCGUUCCACCGACUUGCAGGAAACGACUUUUCAAUCGCUCGUCGCGAGCUCGGCACCGCUGAGAAGAGGCUACCGUUCCGAUUACAUCGUCGACCCCUGUUACGAGCGCUGUCUCGCGUACGACGAGGCGUACCAGUGCUCGCUGGAGGACCCAGAGAAGUUCUGGGGCAACGUGUCGGAAUGCAUCGACUGGAGCAAACCGUGGACGAAGGUUCUGGACAAUUCCAACCCGCCAUUCACGAAAUGGUUCAUCGGCGGAGAAUUGAACGCCUGCUACAACGCGGUGGACCGCCAUGUUCUGGGCGGGAACGGUGACAAAGUUGCCCUAAUUCACGAUAGUCCUUUGGUGUCGACGAUCCGAAGAGUGACUUAUAACGAGUUGCUGGAGAAAACUUCAAAAUUGGCUGGAUGCCUAGCCGAAAUGGGCGUAGGCAAAGGGGAUGUAGUGAUCAUAUACAUGCCGUUGAUACCGGAAACCAUCAUCGCCAUUUUGGCGACCGCGCGCCUUGGUGGCAUUCACUCGAUAGUGUUCGGUGGCUUCGCUGCAAACGAAUUAGCCGUCCGGAUAAAUCACGCGCGGCCAAAAGUGAUAAUUGCGGCCAGCUGCGGUCUUGAACCGACCAAAGUGAUUCGAUACACAGACAUGCUAAACAAGGCGCUGGACAUCAUCGCUGUGAAGAGACCACAGUGCAUAGUGUUUCAGAGGAGGAACAUAUGGCAGAGCAUCCUCGCAGAUGAUCAAAUCGAUUGGGACAUUGCGAUAGCACGGUCGAAACCUCAUCCCUGUCAACCGGUUAAAGCCAACGAUCCUUUGUAUAUCUUGUACACGUCAGGCACGACAGGUCAACCGAAGGGGAUCCUGAGAUCGGUCGGUGGCCAUUUAGUAUCCGUCUGUUGGACAAUGAAAACGGUUUAUGCGAUGAACAAAGACUCCGUAUGGUGGGUUGCCUCCGACUUGGGUUGGGUCGUAGGUCACUCGUACAUAUGCUAUGGGCCCCUGCUUUACGGCGCGACAAGCGUGAUGUACGAGGGUAAGCCUGACAGGACCCCGGAUGCUGCACAAUACUUCAGGGUGAUCGAUCAGCACAACGUGAAUGCUUUGUUCUGCGUGCCAACGGCGCUUAGAGUGAUUAGACGCGCCGAUGGGAACCUGGUUUUGGGUCGAAAGUACUCGACGAAGUCAUUGAAGACUAUAUUCGUGGCCGGUGAGUUCUGCGAUUACGAAACGAAGCUCUGGGCGGAGAAGGCGUUCAAAGUACCAAUUUUAAACCAUUGGUGGCAGUCAGAGACCGGUCACCCUAUCACUGCUCGGUGUCUAGGAUACGGCCACUAUCCUCACAUACCGAAGAACAGCACUGGUCCUCCUAUUCCUGGCUACCAUAUCGAUAUUCUGAAAGAUGAUGGUAGCAAGGCCGAGACCAAGGAGCUGGGUAGAAUUGUUAUAAAGCUGCCGUUGCCUCCAGGCUGCAUAGCAACGCUGUUCGAGGCUGAUGAUCGAUUCAAGGAGAUCUAUUUCUCCAACUACCCAGGUUACUACGACACCAUGGACGUCGGCUACAUGGACGAGUACGGAUUUGUUUAUGUCAUGGCCAGGGACGACGACGUUAUAAACGUCGCCGGGCAUAGAUUGUCCACGGCGGCUCUCGAGAACGUGAUUAUGGCACACCCUGACGUCACCGACGCUGCUGUUGUCGGUGUGCCUGACCCCACCAAAGGGGAGGUUCCUUUGUGCCUUUACACAAUGAGACCAGAAGCGACGAAGAACGAAGAACAGAUCAACGAAGAUUUAGUAGCAGCUGUGAGGAGUUCUGUAGGACCCAUAGCAUCGUUUAGGACCGCAGCAGCUGUGCGAGGUCUACCCCGGACGCGUUCAGGGAAAAUAAUUCGCAAGUCCAUUGCCAAUUUGGCACGUUCUAAGCUCGUAAUGAUUUCAAGUACAAUAGAGGACGCGUCGGUGUAUCGCGAGAUAAAAGAAGUACUUCAGAAGCUCGGAUACGCUAAACUAGCGCCGGAUCCUCAAUGAUAACUGUUUAGUUAAGCUUUUACCACUUUUUAUUAUAUAAACUUUUGUCUCUUUUUUUCUCUUCUUCCUCUCUUCUUCUUCUCAUAAUCGUAUAUAAAAUUGUAAUAAACCUACGUACGAUAUAUAGCUGACACGCAUAGGAGUGUGUGUGUGCUUGAGAAAGACGCGUCGACGAAACUCCGAUUACCCACAACAAGUUAAUCCCAUAUAAAUUGCACGGAAAUCUAUGUGUAACAUUGUUCUGAACGGUACAAUAAAGUGAACAACCUUUCUUUUUU